AUGGCAUCACCAACAAUACCUUCAUCCGCUGAUAAUGCGGAUACUUUACAAUCAAAAUUAUCAUUUAUUCAUCGUUAUUAUUUACUUUUAAAAGCACAUUAUUUUCUGUUUUUUGCAGCAUUUGGUAUAUUUAUUCCAAUAGUAAAUAUAACAUUACGUAGUCGUGGUUUAUCAAAUAUAGAAUUAUCAUAUCUUAAUAUUGCUAUUCCAUUUUUAAUCCUUUUUACAAAUCCAUUAAUGAGUUAUAUUGCUGAUCUUUCACGUCGUUAUAAAUUAACAUUUAAUUGUGUUUAUAUUAUAACAGCUAUCGCAUGUGCUAGUUUAUUAGUUGCACCAUCUGUUAAAUCCCGUAAUAUACAAGCUGAUAUGAUACGUGAUGAGAAUUUAAAUCAUAUAUUAGAUUUUUGUGCUAGUCAAGAAUUAGCAACAAAAUGUGCAUCAAGAACUGAAUGUGGAUGUACAUAUAAAGCAAGUUGUAAUUUUAUUGAUGAACGAAAUCAUGAAAUUAAUAAUCAAAUGCAAUCUUUUUCUUUUAAUUUUUCAAUGAAAUCAAAAAAUAUUCACAAGGAUGUUAAAGAUAUAACUGAACAACGAGCAUGUGGAAUUGAAUAUCAAGUACCUAUUGAUGAUGAUAUUAAACAAAAUAGAAACAAUCCAAGUUUUAAUAGAUCUCUCAGUAGAGGUAGUUCAUCUCGAUUAGCUGCUUGUGAAAUAACUUGUUCGAUAGCACAUUUUUGUCAUGGACCACGUAGUUCUGGUCAAACACGUUUAAUUGUUCUUUAUUCAGGUUUAUUUGUUAUCGGAAAUAAUUUCCUCACAAAUUCUAUUCCGCUUGGUGCAGCAAUUGGUUUUAAUAGUUUACAUCGUGCAGACCUUUUUGGUAAACAACGUUUUUGGGGCACAAUCGGUUUUGGUACAGCGGCAUAUACUGCUAGUCUUCUUUAUAAAUAUUUUCAAACUGAUUAUGUUUAUUUUAUUAUGUUUUGUAUUGCAAGUGUUGCCUGUAUGAUUGUAACAUGUUUUAUUCGUAUACAACCAGAUAGAAAAAAACGACGUUCAACAGUUGAUGAAAUUAUUAUUCAAAAGAAUGAUGAUUUAAAUCGUGGAAACAAGAAAAAUCGAUCACAAUUUAAAAUGUUAGAAAUAUUACCAUUGUUAAAAAAAAUUGAUGUUAUUAUUUUUUUUUCACUUAUAAUUGUUUGGGGAAUGUCCUUUGCAGUUUUAGAACCGUAUCUAUACUUAUAUAUUGAUGAAAUAGCUCCAUGUCAAUCUCAUAUAAUCAUUGGUAGAAUGUCAAUAGUAUCAGCUAUCUCUGAAGUUAUUGCUUUUUUCUCUGCUGGAAGACUUCUGAAAUUAUUUGGUACAAAUCUAUCAUCGGUUAUUAUUUUAUUAGCUUUUAGUGUUCGAUUUGGUGGUUAUUAUUAUAUUCGUCUACCAUAUUUACUACCAUGUAUGGAAAUAAUGCAUUUUUUUAAUUUUGGUAUACUUUUAAUUUUAAUAUUUCAACAAGCUGAUUCGUUUGCACCACCUGGUCUAUCGGGUACACUUCAAAGUCUUUCGCUUGGACUCUGUUUUGGUUUAGGUAAAGGUAUUGGUUUAAUUAUUUCAUCAUUUAUUUAUACAACACUUGAACAACGUCUUCUCUUUUUAAUCUUUGCCAUAUUUAAUUUAAUCUGUGCUAUUAUUUAUGGAAUUUAUUUUCUUAUAAGUAGAAAGAAUUCAAACAAAUCCAUUGAACACAAUACAUCAAAUAUUAUUGUUGAAUCUGAUACAAAAUCAAAUGAAGAACCUUUAUUAGUAUCAUCGAUUGAAAAUAAAUCAGACAAUCAAAUUGAUAAAUAA